AUGGAGGAUUCACAUGGAGAUACUGCUAAACCUUCCUCUUCUGGUGUGGCCUCACAGCUACCUUCAAAUGGCAGUGGAAAUGGGAAAGGAAAAGGCAGAAAAGCAGCUUUGGAGAAGCGAGAAGCCAACCAUCGUUUGCACGUCUUGGAUUCGCACAUGCGUCUAAAUUUUCUUCAUCAAGCUGCGAUCCAUUUAUCACGUCAAAGCACUAGUCUCGAUGACGGUUUUGCAAAACUCAGCAGACGGUAUGCUAAACUUUUUCGUGAUGUACACAAAACAGAACGGGUAAAGGUGAUGCCUGAUAUCGUGCAGACAUUCUGUAAAAAGUGUAAACAGAUCUUUAUAGCAAACGUCGAAAGAUGUGAGCUGAGCUUGACUCAACGAAAAGUGCUACAAAGAAAAUGCCUCCUGUGUGGUUAUGCGAAGAAUUAUGAACUGAAUAAGGAUUACCUUUCGCGAAAUCAGCGAUUUUGGAAGGAACAGGAGAGCCUAGCAGCUGAAAAACCAGAGCUACUUGAUAAACCGGUACCAUGA